CGCCGCCAUAUCCAGCUGCUAACAGAUAUUUAGACAUCAGACGCAUCAUUUUUACGCGACUCACUUACGCAGCACGUAAUACACGUCAUUGCUUUGACCGGAGAGGAGACCAUGGCAGACCUUGGUGUAAAAGCGGGGGAUAAGGUGCUGUUGGUGUGGAGCCAACCCUCAUCCCCAACAACCCUGAAGGAGCUGGCAGAGAGUCUAGGGUCCAUGGUUGGCUCUGAGGGCCGAGUGUCACUGGAGAAUAUGGAGAGACUUCUAAUGUCUUCACAUGCAGCAUCAACUUAUGACUGGGUCCUCUCAAGUCUACUCUCUGACAGCUCUUCCAUUCACACCUCAGAGACGCUAGCAGAGAUGGCCAGAGUGAUAAAACCUGGUGGGAAACUAGUGCUAGAGGAACCUGUUACAGGAACUAAUGACCAACAAGUGAGGACUGCUGAAAAACUUAUGUCAGCCUUGAAGUUGUCUGGCCUGGUGUCUGUCACUGAGAUCAGUAAAGGACCCCUGACUCCAAAAACGUUGUCUGCCCUGAGGACAUCUACAGGCUUCCAGGGGAACACACUCUCCAGGGUGCGCAUGUCUGCUUCCAAACCCAACUUUGAGGUGGGCUCCUCUAGCCAGCUGAAGCUUUCCUUUGGGAAAAAGACACUAAAACCAGAAGACAAACCAGCUCUUGACCCCAAUGUUGAAAAGGCGUGGACCCUGUCAGCCAAUGACAUGGAUGAUGAUGAUGUGGACCUGGUGGACUCCGACGCUCUCCUGGAUGCAGAUGAUCUAAAGAAGCCAGAUGCAGCCUCCCUCAAGGCGCCCUCUUGUGGUGACGGAACAACCAAGAAAAAGAAAGCUUGCAAGAACUGCUCUUGUGGACUUGCUGAGGAGUUGGAACAAGAAAGCAAGGGUGUCCAGACGAUCAGCCAGCCCAAGUCAGCGUGUGGAAGUUGUUACCUGGGUGAUGCCUUCCGAUGUGCCAGCUGUCCGUAUCUUGGGAUGCCUGCCUUUAAACCUGGGGAGAAGGUUGUCCUGGCCAACAUGGGGCUAAAUGAUGCCUAGGAACACAUAUUUAUGUAGUGUCACAUUAUUUACAUUCCUUACACACUCCUAACCUAUCACCCCCUAGAGCAAUGUUCCCUCUUUUUUCCAGCACUGGGCAAAUUUCAGGUCUGCUGUGCACAUACUUGAAUGUUGUGAAAACUCACAUUUACUGUGAACACUGAGGCUGUAACCACUUUAAGUUAGUUUUAAUAGUGGUCAAGUACGCUACUGUUGCUAUUUGAACAUAAUGUAGGCCUAUCAGUGUGGCCUACCAUCAAAAACAAUGAAAAAAUGCAUCCUGUAACAUUUCCAUGUUACAGGAUGCAUUUUUUCAUUGUUUUUGAUGGUAGGCCACACUGAUAGGCCUACAUUAUGUUCAAAUAGCAACAGUAGCGUACUUGACCACUAUAGAACAGCUAUCAUUCAGCCUACAGUAGCAGCUAAUGUGUGGUGUUCAAUGUAGGUCUACAUUCCAUAAGACUUUAGAAAAAAACAUGCAGGGCUUGACAUUACCUGUUUAUCCAUUUGUCCUUCAGACAAGAUGACAAAAAAUAUUGUUUGAUGCAAGAAACUACUUUACAAAAUAAAAUGCAUUUACUAUUCCCAUACCAUUAUUACAGACAGACAAAUUAUCCUACCCUCUAUAUAUUGGCGACUUAACUCACUAACUAGCAAAGUAUAUUAACAAAAUGUGCACACAUGGCAACAUGCAGCUCUUGCUUUGAUCUCAACACAAGCGCAUCUACUAACGACCGCUCAUGCUGUAAACACAGUCCAGUUCAAAGGAAACGGCACAGAUCCAUAUGGCAAUGUUUUAUUUGCAAAUAGGCUUACUGCAGCUCUGAUUAUGCCACACUGGUCUGUGUAGACUGCAGAGUAUGGGCUGAGUCGUGCAGUGUCAAUGCAAUAGAAUCUUACUCUGAUGCGUUCUGCUUAAUAACUAAAUAUCUUGCAUAGUUUGUUUUGUUUCAGUAUGUUGCAAUGAAAGUGGCUAAUAUUGUGUUGAUUCGAUCACAAUUGUCAGAGUAAUGGGGAAACAUUAUCAGUGUAACUAACAGGGAAAACUCUGAAGUUUAAUCCCAUGCCUCUUUCUCUCUUUGGGCUGAUAUUUAUUUUGCUCCGCAGUCCUGGGGGAGCUGCACGGCAAUCUCGGGGCUACUGCGCACCCACUUGCAGCUUAGAGGGAACAUUGCCCUGCAGUACUUGUUCAAUGCCGGGUUCUCAAUGAGGAGAGUGGUUCUACAUCUCAUUUAUGUGAGAGCAAAAACCAGAUUGAGUUUAAGAAAAUGAAGGCCUAAUGCACUGAAUUGCAGUCAGAAAUGUGUUAUUGCUGGUUGUAUACAGUUGUAAUACAUGUAUUAGGAGUAGAAUUUAAAGUAUCCAAACAUGACUGAAUACAUCAAUCAUUGCAUCAAUCCAGGCUACAACCAUGUGAAAACUACAAUAUGCUACUGGAUAGAGUGAAGAUUUCACAGAGCAGUCACCAUAUUUCAAGUAUAACUGGAACUGUCGAUUUGUCAGUUCAGUGAAUCGUGUGUAUUUUACUAUCUUUUUAACAAUAAAAAAUCUGUUAAUCAUA